AUGAGCUCAGAACAUCGCGACCGUAUUCUCAAUUCUCCUGCUAUCCCAGCCAAGGACUGGGGAAUGCUUCACCGAUUCUUCUGGUCUCACCACAUCCAUCUGAACUUCCUAGCCCUCCUCAAAUCAACCCAACAACUACUUCGACUCUAUUCGCAAGCUUUUGUAGUACACAACACCCUCUUUGCAGUGGCUUUUUCUCACCUCCUCGGAUUUCAAAACCUUUUCUACGGGGUAUCUCGACCCGUCUUCUGGAUGGAUAUCGUGAAGGCGCAAUGGCUAGGGCUGAGAAGAGUGGACGUUGGAGAGGACGGACCAGGUUCACGUCCUAUAUUUCCACCAGUCUUAUCACCAGGCUCCUGA